CAAUCUAUUAACAUCCAAUAAAUAUUUGUUUCAUCUCAAAAAAGACGUAACUUCGUCCUCGCCUCUUCCAUUCUGUUACGUGAAAUAGCAUUUCCUAAAUUCUUUAAAGAAAAUUUCAAACCAUCAGGCAGGUCUAUUUCGGAAAUGUGUAAUUUCAGUUUGACAUCUGGGCUUUUUAUUGAAUUUAAUAGACGCUGAAAGUUCGUACUUAUCUUCACACGUAGAAAUCAAUGGAUAUUGAAAAAAUCUGCCGCACCUGUCUAAGCCUCAAUGGUCCUCUACUUUCCAUUUACGAUGGAGGCGGCGGAAGCGGUUGUAUCGCUGAUAUGUUGCGAGAUUUCACAAAAACAAAGCCACGUCGCGUGGAUAAGUUACCUGAAAAGGUUUGCCUAGCUUGUAUAAGUGAAAUAAAUCGCUGCUACUCCUUCAAAUUGAAAUGUGAGAACUCAAGUAGAACAUUACGCCAACUGGUACCUGAUGCUCUUCCCGAAGAAACCGAAAACAGAGAAUCAAAUUUAAAAGUGGAACAAGCUCAUAAGGAAAUACAAACGGAAAAAGAAAUAUUGAAACAAGUUACCACAGCGUGCACACAAACAAAUGAAAAUAUUGAAGUAGAACGUACUAAUCAGUACGUACAAACACAGCCGAUAUGCAAUUUAAUGGAGGACAAGUCAACAUCUCCUAUAGUAGUGGGGCAAAAUAAAAUGUGCAGAUAUGAAAAAACAAAGUCUGAAACUAAUUCAAUUGAUCAUAUUGAAAAAUCGGUAAGCAAAAAAAUUCAACGCAGAUCCAACACACGUCAAACCUUGGCACUUAAGCGUAGACGACUAGGAGACAAUUGCUUCGAACAAGCUGAAGAGGAUGAAUCUCAACUUAUUAUGGAAAUACACACAGAGGAAACCCAAAUUAACGAUAAUGAAGAGGCAAUAACCUUGUAUUCCACAUUACAUACAGCUGAAGAGGAGGAAACAAACGAGGAUACAACGACUUACUAUCAAAUAUCACGUCCCCAAUCAGAAAAUGAAAGUGAAAACGUUGUUGCACUCAGCUAUAACUUGAGUGAAACCCAUCAGACAAGGGAAAACAGUGAUGAAUUUGAAGAAGAUGGUGCUUAUGCCCAUUUUGUAUAUGCUGAAGAAAAUGACGAGUUCAAUACUGGUGAAGAAAAUGCGCAAACCACUGAUUACAACUUUACAAUUUACAAGAGCGGUGACACAGAAGAGGUUGCGGAAAAAAAAUCAAAAGGUCGAUCAGCAAAUUUAUCUGAUAUAAAUAAAUUACCAAACGCCAAACGAGAAUUGAAAUGUUCUUAUUGUUCAAUGACAUUUGUUAAUCCUACACGCUUAGCUCGUCACGAAAUGAAACUACAUAAAAAUGAAGAUGCCUAUAAUAUCAAUAAAACAGAAAACGAAAGGAAAUCGAUUAAGCACUUGGAAAUAAGUGAUGAUGAUGAUGAUCCUAAUAGCCGAACAAAGGCAUUGAAAGCGGAUAUUACAUUGAAAGGAACGUCUAUUACACCACAACCGAUAGUUCAGAAAACAAAGCCAUCAGAAUUGACAUAUUUUUGUGAGACAUGCGGGGCAGGAUUUGCUAUGAGACGGUCACUUGUUCACCAUAGAAAGCAAAACUUGUGCAAUAAAGUAACCUACGAUUGCGACAAGUGCCAACGAGUUUUUAUUUCUGAAGAAGCUUUAAAAGAUCAUAAGAUUACUCAUUUGCAAGAACACGAAUGCACUGAGUGUUAUAAGAAUUUUAGCACUAAUGAUGAGUUGAGUCAACACAUGGUGGUGGAGCAUAAACGGAACUUACGCAAUCAAUGCCACAUUUGUAAGAAAGUUUUCACUAUAUUAUCUGCUUUGAAGGAUCAUUUGCGUGUUCAUAGCGGUGAAAAACCUUUUAUAUGUAGUAUAUGUAGUAAAGGUUUCAGUCAAAAAGCAAAUUUAAAACAACACGAAAUGCGUCAUAAUAAAGAAAAGAAAUUCAAAUGCGAUGAAUGUUCAUGGGGCUUCGUGACCAAAGCUGAGCUCUCUUCCCACAGACGUACACAUACCGGUGAACAUCCUUUCCGUUGCGAUGAAUGUCAAGCUACGUUCACAAUAUCCAGUUCAUUGUUAAAACACAAACGUAUUCAUACCGGCGAGCGACCAUAUGCAUGCGAUUUAUGUCCAAAACGAUUUACAACGUCAUUUACUUUAAAAAAUCAUCGACGCAUCCACACUGGCGAAAGGCCAUUUAAGUGUCGCUGGUGUAGCAAAUCAUUUACGCAGAAACAAGACUGCGUUAUACACCAUCGUACACAUACAGGCGAGCGAAAUCAUGCCUGCUUUUGUGGUGAAAAGUUCACGCAUCUUGGAACUUUACGUACUCAUCAAAAAACACAUGAAAUCAACCCCGAUGAUGGUACCUUAAAACCUACCAGUAAAGGAAAGCGACGGCGCAGAAUAUGUAAACGUGAACCAGAAAGUGGGGAUGAAGCAGCGUUCAACAUUACCAUACUCAAUGAGGACGAUGAUGAUGAUGGAAAUGCAGAGGACGAUGCAACAGUAGUGACGGUAGCUCGUGAGGAUAUGGAGCGGCUGGUGGCUGGCGAAACGAUACAAAGCAAUGAAGAACGAAAUACAGUUGCUGUGAAUGAAGAAAAACUUAUGCAGAUGGCAAUCGAGGAAGUUUAACAAAAGAUAAAUUUAUAUACAUACGUUCUUAUGUAUGUAUAAUAUAAAAUAAACAUUCAAUGUGUAUAUGUUUAUGUAAUAUAUAAUAU